AAUGCUUGCUUAUUCCUCCAAAAGGUUUUAAAGCAGAGACACAGGAGCAGAAAAUUUCAGAAUGCCAUCUGAGAGGUGCCUCAGUAUUCAAGAAAUGCGGACAGGCAGGAGGCUUUGUCAGUCCGAUUCUCACCAUGAUGCUGUCCUGGCAGCACUGAAUCAGCAAAGAAGUGAUGGUGUUCUCUGUGAUGUCACCCUCAUAGCUGAAGAGCAGAAAUUCCAUGCCCACAAGGCUGUCCUAGCAGCAUGCAGUGAUUAUUUCCGAGCAAUGUUCAGUCUAUGUAUGGUGGAAAGUGGAGCUGAUGAAGUGAAUUUACACGGUGUGACUAGCCUUGGUUUAAAGCAAGCUCUGGAAUUUGCAUACACAGGACAGAUUCUAUUGGAGCCAGGGGUGAUCCAGGAUGUAUUGGCAGCUGGAAGUCAUCUUCAGCUACUGGAACUCCUCAAUUUAUGUUCCCACUAUCUCAUCCAGGAAUUAAAUAGCUUUAAUUACUUGGAUCUGUACAGACUUGCUGACCUCUUUAAUCUCACUUUGCUGGAGAAGGCAGUGAUCGAUUUUUUAGUGAAACACCUCUCUGAACUCCUGAAGAGUCACCCUGAAGAAGUUCUAACACUUCCCUAUUGCCUGCUUCAAGAGGUCCUGAAGAGUGACCAGCUGACAUCCCUAAGUGAAGAGCAAAUCUGGCAGCUAGCAGUGAGGUGGUUGGAGCACAACUGCCACUACCAGUACAUGGAUGAGCUCCUCCAGUACAUUCGUUUCGGCCUAAUGGAUGUGGACACCCUUCAUACGGUUGCCCUGUCUCAUCCUCUGGUCCAAGCCAGUGAGACAGCAACAGCCCUCGUCAAUGAGGCCUUGGAGUACCACCAGAGCAUCUAUGCACAGCCAGUGUGGCAGACCCGAAGGACCAAACCUCGCUUCCAGUCAGACACACUCUAUAUCAUUGGUGGGAAAAAGCGGGAGGUCUGUAAAGUCAAAGAACUCCGGUAUUUCAAUCCAGUUGACCAAGACAAUGCCCUCAUAGCAGCAAUAGCCAACUGGAGUGAACUGGAACCGAUGCCUGUAGGCAGGAGCCACCACUGUGUUGCGGUGAUGGGGGACUUCCUUUUUGUAGCAGGUGGGGAAGUGGAGCACGCUACCGGCCGGACAUGUGCUGUAAGGACUGCCUGUCGCUAUGAUCCCCGUAGUAACUCUUGGGCCGAGAUUGCACCCAUGAAAAACUGCCGGGAACAUUUUGUGCUGGGAGCGAUGGAUGAAUAUCUCUACGCUGUAGGAGGCCGGAAUGAACUGCGUCAAGUUCUGCCCACGGUGGAGCGAUACUGUCCCAAGAAGAACAAAUGGACUUUUGUACAAUCCUUUGACCGGUCUCUUUCAUGUCAUGCAGGAUAUGUGGCGGAUGGUCUUCUUUGGAUAUCAGGUGGGGUAACGAAUACUGCACAGUAUCAGAACAGACUAAUGGUGUACGAACCCAACCAGAAUCAGUGGAUCAGUCGAAGCCCCAUGCCGCAGAGAAGGGUGUACCAUUCUAUGGCUGCUGUCCAGAGGAAGCUGUAUGUUCUUGGGGGCAAUGACUUGGACUAUAAUAAUGAUCGCAUCCUUGUGCGACAUAUAGAUUCUUAUAACAUAGAUACAGACCAGUGGACGCGCUGCAAUUUCAACCUGUUAACUGGUCAAAACGAAUCCGGAGUUGCUGUCCAUAAUGGAAGAAUAUAUUUAGUUGGUGGCUAUUCGAUUUGGACAAAUGAGCCUCUGGCAUGUAUCCAGGUUUUGGACGUCAGCAGAGAAGGCAAAGAAGAGGUGUUCUAUGGACCUACACUUCCUUUUGCUUCCAAUGGAAUAGCAGCAUGCUUCCUUCCAGCUCCGUAUUUCACAUGUCCUAACCUCCAAACCCUGCAAGUGCCUCAUCACAGGAUUGGCAAUGUCUGAGCAUCCCAAAUGUGCUGUUUCAUGCAAGCCAAGAAUAGGAGGAAAGAAAAGAAGAAAGUCUCUGAAGCUCGACUAUCUGAUUGACUGUGGGCAUGGAGAAUGGAAGGAGUCAGUACUCAAUGCUUCCUUGUUUUGUUUUACACAUCUGUCUUAAAUUCAUAUACAUAUUAGUUUAAAAAAAAAGAAUCAUUUUCUAAAAUACAUUAUUGAAAAACUCCUGUCAACUUCCUCUCCUUUAUCACAUGUCAGCAUACCAUAUGGUAUGUGAAUUUUUAAAAAUCAUGGUAUAGCUCAGUGUCAUCCUGUUCCUUGCCUGUAUGUGGCUCCAUGUGUCUUAAAUACACUCUCCAUGUGUUCUUCCCAGCUAGUGUUGUCCAGGAUUAUACAAUACUAUGUUAACUGUGCACAUUUUUUUCUUGCUAAUGGCAUCACUGAUUCAACAAAGUAAUGGCUCUUCAGUAUUAGACUUUUCACCAUUACAAAAUAACUUCAGAAAACUAUUACCUAUCCCCAUUCAGUAGAGGCUCUGCAUUACCGUAUGAUAAAUUUUUAAAUGUCAUAUUUUAUUCAAGGUAAUCCAAGAAUAAUAGAAUGGAAGACAGCUGGGGGGGAAAGCCAGAAAACUGAAUUCUUAUCCUAUUUUACUCACUCUAUGAGCUUGGGCAGAAAGUAAAACCUCUCUCCAAUUUUCAGCUUCCUUAUUGUUUAAGCAAUGUAAUUAUCUCCUCUUUCCAUCCCAAAGGGAUGUUUUGAAGACAAGACAAGCACUGUGAAGUGUUUUGACCUCUUAAAGAAAUAAAAAUGUAUUUCUAAAUUACAAGAUAUUACUACUGUCUUCAGGAUCAUGUAACUGAGCACAGGGAGAACAGAUUCUUUUUAUGUUUAAAAAUCAUCAGAUCCAACUUGGAAGGUGUAAAGUAUGUAGGAAAAUGUAUACAAAUCCCAAAAUGAAUAGCAGAUAGUAAUUAGGAUGAAGAGAGUUUACUUACUCUGUCUAUCUCCAACCUUGUACAAAUCCUUGCCUCAAGUAAUAACUACGAAACAUCUCUCAUUCAAACUCUGUUCAGUCAAAGAUGACAUUUAAAAGCUUAAAAAAAUUAGUUUGCACUAACUACAUACCAAAAAGUGCUUUGACAUAAAUUUGAACCUAGAAAAACCAGGUCUAAGAAUUUAAAAGUUUUCUUACUUUAUUAAAGGUUAUGUCAAUCUUGAAUGCUUAGGGGAUUCUGUUCCACCUUCUCCAUCCAUAUUUUAUUAUUAGUACUUUUAAUAAUGAAUUGGAAAUCUCUUUUCAGACCAGAAACGUAUCCUUAUUAUUUAAAAAAUAAAACAAACACUGCCUCCCACCCCCAUAAACCCUACUAUUCAAAUACCAUAUUUGAUGUGUAAAUCCAAGAGAUGUAAAGGGAGUUUGUUUGAUAUAAUUAUAAGCUAAUUUGCCUUUAUUGAGUUAAGAUUUUACUAUGACCCAUUUGUCCCCUGUAUAUUUUAAUUGCCCACUGAUCCAAGACUCUUCAUUUAAUAGGACACUGACAUUUUUAUUCAUACCAGUAUUUCCUGCACAUUCAAGUGAAAGGAGUCUUACAUUUAAUGAAUCAAAUCCUCAAUAAUAGCAAUUACUAAAUGCUAUCUGUUUUCUAAAAAACUCCAGUGCAUUAAGAGUAUUUUAAAAUAAAAAGUUAGCUCUUAGAUAGUCAUCUUUUAAAAGACAUCAUUUAGUAAGAUAUCCACUAAUUAGAACCUUGUUUAGUUGUUGGGUAGGUAGGGAAGCCAUAUUUUAGAAAAAAGAACAAAUCAGGUAAAAAAAAAAAAGCACUUAAAGGCCUAUUAUGUGCCAGAUACUCUGAUAAGCACUAGGCAUACAGAGAUAGACAAAAAAAUGUCCCUUUUCUCAAGGAGCUUAUGAUUUAGUUUUACUGUUCCUCUUGAAAGAUAAAAAACUCCCUAAACAUCUCUCUGGGCCCUGACCAACAAGAGUGAUGACUUACGUGAUCCCCAGUGAGCCACCAAAAAGAGAUUCAGAGAUCCAUUAGUAAAGGUGAAAUAUCAUUUCAGAGGAAGUCUGAGCAAAAUUCAAAACAAAAACGCAUGAGUUGAGAAACAAAAGGGAGUUUGGAGUUGGCCUUCAUUAACCAGCAAUUCAACAAAUCACAACAUCAGCACAGUUCUAAGAUUUUUAGCUAAGUGAGACUUUCUUCCACAUGCAAUGCAGCACAUGACUCCUUCCUUCCCAUCUCAGGCCCAAGUCCCUGCAGAUUUACUGGAGGGAAAACACGAGUAUCAAUUUGCAUUUACUGACAUUGUUUCAAAUGACAUAGAGGUAUAGGAGAAGACAAGCUUAUGUAGCAAAAGGAAAUCAGCUAAGGAUAAUGGAGAAUACAUAUAAGGACAGACAAGAAUCCUUAUAUAUCACCAAAAUACCCCCCCCCUAAAAUUUGCUAAUCUAUGUCAUGUUAAUUUAAGGAUUUAAAUUUGAUUAAUAUUAAAGACCUUUAGAUAGUCAUUUAAAUAUUUUUUUUUUCUGCUAUAGGUUUUUCCUCUGGCUAAACAACAUUAUAAAGUGCAUUCACAUUCUUCCCUUUAAAUCUAAAAAUUCCUGAAAUUGAUAACUUUCUUUCACCCCCAAAUGACUAUUGGAAACAACCUUUGAAAUAUUAAGUUUCAGCUAUGUGACCAAAUGAUGGCUCUGAAAUAGACCAGAUAUACAUUUUCCAUUGGAGGGCAUUAUUAAUCUCAAAAAUUUUCAUCUCCCUGUCUUCCAGUUUUGCAUUCAAAAUAAAAGGAAAUUAUAAAAUUUGCAAAAUCCUAGGGAUUAAAUUAUGUAAAUAGUAAGCCUAUAACUUCUCAUGCAUUAUACAUGAACUUCUCAUUUCAAAUUAUUCUGUGGUUUUGCAAUUUUUUGCUUAACAUCUGAAUUGAACCGAAGCCAGCACAAGGUCAGUAUCCAACAUCCUGUUUGUGAGGUCAAGAGACUGAAAAGUCUCUGUCAUUGUAAUCAGUGCAGCAUGCACCUGGUUGAGAGACCUCAGGCACCUGGAUUUUAUUUUGGAAUAUUUUCUUCAAAGCUCAACCUCAUGAAUAAAGUUUUCCUUCAUUUGUUCAUUUGUUCCUUGGUCCAUUUGUUCAUUCUUCCCUCCUCCCUCUGUUUCCCUCCUUCAUUGUGUUUAUUUCUCAGCUACUGCAAUAACUAGGCAACUCUCAAACUACUUUUGCCUUAAACUUCACUUAAACAAUAUGAAGUGUUGGUGAUUGAAGUUACUGUAAUUAAGGCUUGGUUCAGCUCUCAUUUAUUAUUGGAUUAAAAAUUUAUCACAGAAAGCUGACUAGGCAUCAACUUACAAGUAAUAGGCACUGUGCAGACAAAGUUUUCUUAUAUUUACAUAUUCACCAUGUAUAAGUUUAGGUUUAAAAUAACCAUAUCCAGGAUCUUCUGCCAAAGCACAACUCACAGACAAUAUUAGGAAUAACUAUAGUCAUAAUAGGCCUUUUUAUUAAGAAACGAUUCCUACUUUUGACCUUUUAAUUCAGGAGCUGAUCAUUGUGUUACCAAAUGGAUUAUCCAGUUCUGAUUCCUCUGGAUUCAUCAUUCUCUCCAUAAUGGUUCUGAACAGGGACAGCCUUUUGGUGGGGUGGCCCCUACUUGUCACUUGCCUUGGGGACACUUGCUCGUUAAACAUGGAGUCUGUGGCUAUACAUUUUGGGGAAAUCAUAUUUCCAAGAAAAUGAAGUUCUUCCCACUGCAAUAAAUAACACCAACAAAAGUAAGGAGUGGGAUAAGUGGAAUUUAGCCAAUUGUGUGUGAUAUGCUAAAAAUGCUCUCUAUGAGCAGGAGAAAGCACACAUACACAAUUCUUCAGAAGCAAAGCAGUUUUGAACAGUAAAGUCAACAAGAAUUUAUUAAGUAGCUACUAUGUACCAGGCGCUGAGUCUGGCUGGGGCUACCAAGAAAGGGUUAAAGAACAGGUCAAAAUUGGAAUAGGGUGUAGAAGGGAACCCUCUAUUCUAAUAUAACCUACUCACCUAUUCUUUCCUGCCCAAGUAGAAAAAGUUAUACCCCAAAAGAAACAAGAUGAAUUACAGGAAAACAAAUAUUCAAGGAGAAAUGUAGCUAAACAGUAAAUUAAAUGUUGAUCAUCUUUCUGUCUUAAUAAAGGAUUUCUUUCAAGGAGGCAUACAUAGGCUGCCACAAGUUUUAUCAUAUUAUUUCUGUUUUUUUAUGGAAGUUGUAUUAAUUAGAUGCUAAUUCACAUAGACCCUGAACCAUAACUAAAUCUGGAUGUCUAAUAAAAUUCUGCUAU